UUUCUCUCACUCACCUCACAACAUCACAACAUCACUCUAACUCUCCUCUCUUUAAUCCCUUCUUUCAAACAAACACUAAAUCAACCAAAACCAUAACUCAAUAACACACUUAUUAGCACCAAAAACUCACAUAGUCACAUAUAUCACAAACCCUACAUAAAAACAUGGACUCCAUACAAAUUUUCCUAGGCAUGGCGGCCGUGAUCACGGCCUACAUGCUAUGGUUCUCUCACCUAUCUCGUCGUCUCAGUACAGGUCCAAACCUGUGGCCUGUGGUGGGGAGUCUGCCAUAUUUAUUCAAUAACCAACACCGAAUCCACGAUUGGAUCGCCGGAAACCUCCGGCGAACCGGUGGGACGGCUACAUACCAAACAUGCACGAUUGCCAUACCUUUCUUGGCAUUCAAGCAAGGGUUUUACACAGUUACGUGCCAUCCAAAAAAUAUAGAGCAUAUUUUACGUACACGUUUUGAUAAUUACCCUAAGGGCCCACAAUGGCAAGCUGCUUUUCAUGAUUUACUAGGUCAAGGAAUUUUUAACAGCGACGGUGAAACUUGGCUUUUACAACGUAAAACCGCAGCACUUGAGUUUACUACAAGAACCCUACGUCAAGCUAUGAACCGAUGGGUAAACCGGACUAUCCGAACCCGACUUUGGAAGAUUCUAGAAACCGCUGAAAAUGAAAAAAAACCGGUUGAUUUACAAGACUUGCUUCUUAGACUAACUUUUGAUAAUAUUUGUGGGUUGACUUUUGGGAAAGACCCGAUGACUUUGUCACCGGAUCUACCCGAUAACCCGUUUGCAUCCGCUUUCGACUCCGCUACCGAAUCUACCCUUCAAAGGCUACUAUACCCGGGGUUUUUAUGGAGGUUAAAAAAGACAUUUCAAGUAGGAGCUGAAAAGAGAUUACAGAAGAGUUUACAAGUUGUAGAAGAGUACAUGUCAAGUGCACUUAACGCAAGAAAAGAAAACCCUUCUGAUGAUUUAUUAUCAAGGUUUAUAAACAAGAAAGAUCAAAACGGCAAUGCAUUUGCUGAUGAUGUAUUAAAACGCAUCGCUUUGAAUUUCGUCCUAGCUGGACGUGACACGUCAUCAGUUGCUCUUAGUUGGUUUUUUUGGUUAGUAAUGAACCACCCCGAAAUUGAAGCAAAAAUCGUUGAUGAAAUAUCAACGGUUCUAAAACAGACACGUGGCGAUGAUCCAGCUAAGUGGGUAAGGGACCCACUUGAGUUUGAUGAAGCUGAUAAACUUGUUUAUCUUAAAGCAGCAUUAGCUGAGACUUUACGAUUAUACCCUUCUGUACCAGAAGAUUUUAAGUACGUCGUAAACGACGACGUUUUGCCAGAUGGGACUUUUGUUCCUGCGGGGUCCACAGUGACGUACUCAAUUUAUUCUGUAGGAAGGAUGAAAACUGUGUGGGGUGAAGAUUGCAUGGAAUUUAGACCUGAAAGGUGGUUAAGCGGAUCUGGGUCUGAAUCUGAGUCUGGAGGCGGGUAUAGAUUUGACCCGCCGAAAGAUGGGUAUAAAUUUGUUGCAUUUAAUGCGGGCCCUAGGACUUGUUUGGGGAAAGAUUUGGCUUACUUGCAGAUGAAGUCAGUGGCUUCAGCUGUGUUGCUUCGUUACAGGCUACUGGCGGUUCCCGGUCACCGGGUUGAACAAAAGAUGUCGUUGACUUUGUUUAUGAAGAAUGGACUUAAGGUUUUUGUGGAGCCUAGAGAGCUUAAUGGUGGUGUUGCUGCAUGUGCAUGAGAAAGAUUGGUUCGGGGUAUUUUCGUCUUUUCAAGUGUUUAAAGAAAUUGAAAGAAGUUUAAUUUGUUAAACUCAUAAAACUAUAUAUGCAUUUUGGUUUUUGUUUUUAUUUCAAUUUAUAUACGUGUAUGUUUUAUAGUUUACUACAAAUGCUUUCAUUUGUGAUAUUGUUGUUUCGUUCAUUCUUCUAAUACAAAAAUGUGCUUGAUAUGA